CACGGCGAACGAAAUGUCGAAUUUUCCAUGUGCUCCCGGUUCAACGAAAUGGAAGCUCGGGUGACGUACCAAUCCCAGGAGGAGCGAGGUCGUCCAACGCGCCUGCUAUCACCAUGAGUGUAAAUGACGAGGUACAGUACAUAAUCAUACCAACGAACAGAGAUAACCCUAAUGCUACUCAGACAUGCGACUAGACUUCUCCGAUCAGGAUUCCAGACGGCUCGCCUUUGUGACUCAUUGCUUACCUCUCACUCGGCAGUGUCUUGCAAGACGCAGAAAUUGCAGGGUUCUUGCACAGGGACAGCCGUGAAGUGUGGAUACUAUCAUGAGUCUCCGCCAGCGAGGAGCAACACUGGCGGGCGGGCGUUUGAUUGCGCCCAUCCGCACUGUCCUAGGCGAAAUGUCUCGGCCGCGGCAUCCAUUCUCUCAAAUGUGAAAAGACAGUUUCUUUCAUUACAAUGUCCGUAGAACCGUAAAACACCAGAACUCCAUGCUAUAG